GUUGCCAAGCGACCAUCUGAUUUCAGGCUUAGGCUCACUCUACCGUAAAGUAACGAGGACCCACACAGAAGGUUAAAGUGACUUCAACGAAAUACGCAUCAUGCCGUUCAUCGACCUCCAGGGGAAGUUGGGCAUCAACAUGGACAAAUGGAUGUUGAUCCAGGGUGGAGAGCAGCCAUACAAACGGGCGCCCCGCUGUCACGCCUUUGAGAAGGAGUGGAUCGAGUGUGCGGAUGGCAUUGGUCAGACCCGUGCCAAGAAGGAGUGCAAGCUUGAGUUUGAGGACUUCUAUGAGUGCAUGCACAGAGAGAAAACGCACAAGAGGCUGUAUGAGAUCCGUAAGCAGCGGGACAAGAUGGUGAAGGAGGGCACCUACCAGACCCCAGCUCACCACACUGGUGCUCAGGCUGAUGACAGGCCUUGACCCCAUUUGACCUUGUUGACCACAAGGUACAGUGUAGGGAGAGAUGAUUGGAAGAAAGGGACAGAAAUGUGAAGGUGAUUUAUGAUAUGUGCACUCAGGUUUAGGUUUGUUCACUAUAUUUAUGAUCUUGGUUUUGAAUGUGUUAAUACUACUGAUUCUAUUCAAUUAUUUGUAAUAUCAUACUAACUACACAAUACAAGACAAUAUUUAUUGAGCGUGAA